AUGGUGUGGGGACUUCAGGACAUGCUGAGGACCAACUUGGGGCCUAAAGGGACUAUGGAGAUGCUUAGUUCUGGAGCUGGAGACAGCAAGCUUACUAAAGAUGGCAAUGCACUGCUUCAUGAAAUGCAAAUUCAAUACUCCACAGCCUCAUUAAUAGCAAAAGUAGCAAAAGCCCAGGAUGAUAUAACUGGUGAUGGUACUACUCCCAACGUCCUUAUCAUUGGAGAGCUGCUGAAGGCAGAUCUCUACAUUUCUAAGGGUCUUCAUCCCAGAAUAAUUAGUGCAGGUUUUGAAGCUCCAAACCAAAAGGCCCUGCAGUUUUUGGAACAAGUCGAAGUAAGCAGAGAGAUGGACAGGAAAACACUUAUAGAUGUGGUCAGAAUAUCUCUAUGCACUAAAGUUCAUGCUGAACUUACAGAUGUCCUACCAGAGGCUGUAGUAGAUUCCACUUUGGCCAUUAGAAAAAAAGAUGAACCUACUAACCUGUUCAUGGUUGAAAUCAUGGAGAUGAAACAUAAAUCUGAAACUGAUACAAGCUUAAUCAGAAGGCUUGUUUUGGACCACGGGGCCUGGCAUCCUGGUAUGAAAAACAGAGUGGAAAAUGCAUACAUUCUCAUGUGUAAUGUCUCCUUGGAAUAUGAGAAAACAGAAGUGAAUUCUGGCUUUUUCUACAAGAAUGUGGAAGAGAGAGAAAAACUAGUAAAAGCUGAAAGAAAAUUCAUUGAAGAUAGAGUUAAAAAAAUAGUAGAACUGAAAAAGAAGGUCUGUGGUGAUUCAGAUAGAGGAUUUGUUGUUAUUAGUCAAAAGGGAAUUGAUCCUUUUUUCUUGGAUGCUCAUGCAAAAGAAGGCAUAGUAGCUCUGCAUAGAGCUAAAAGAAGAAAUAUGAAGAGACUGACUCUUUUUUGUUUUGGGGUGGCUCUAAAUUCCUUUGAUGACCUAAAUCCUGACUGUCUGGGACAUGCAGGACUGGUUUAUGAGUAUACUUUGGGAGAAGAGAAGUUCACCUUUAUUGAGAAAUGUAGCAAUCCCUACUCUGUCACAUUAUUGAUCAAAGGAGCAAAUAAGCACACUCUCACUCAAAUCAAGGAAGCAAUAAGAGAUAGCUUGAGGGCUGUAAAAAAUGCUAUUGAUGAUGGCUGUGUGGUUACCAGUCCUGGCGCAGUAGAAGUGGCGAUGGCACAAGCGCUGAUUAAACACAAGACCAGUGUAAAGGGCUGGGUCCAGCUCGGGAUACAGGCAUUUGCUGACACAUUGCUCAUUAUUCCCAAGGUCCUUGCUCAGAACUCUGGCUUUGACCUCCAGGAAACAUUAGUUAAAAUUCAAGCAGAACAUUCAGAGUCAGGUCAACUUGUGGGUGUGGACCUGAACACAGGUGAGCUGAUGGUAGCAGCAGAAGAAGGUAUAUGGGAUAACUAUUAUGUGAAGAAACAGCUGCUUCACUCCUGCACUGUGAUUGCCACAAACAUCUUCCUGCAGACAAGAUCAUGUGGGUCAGAAUGUCCUCUCUGA